UCCAACCUCCUGCACACAAAAGCAGCGUAAUUAACUGUCUUAAGAAAGCCGGAGCCUCUGCCAGCUCCGAGUUAGGAAGAAGAAAAUACCUCGGUGACAGAGCGCAGGCAGUGAUUAUGACAGAGGACCGAGCUGCAACAGCCCUGCGCAGGGGAACCUAUAGCUAACCGGGAACUGUGUUCCCCACCCCUGGACAAAAGAGCCCCUCGAGCGCUUGCCACGUUGCCCUGAGUGACCUUCCUUGGAUGCAGAAUCCGCCCCUGUGAGCAUCUUCUUUCUUCAAUGCUCUGAAGGCCUGGGGACCGCGAGAGAUGCCCGGCUGCACCCGGCCAGGGCUGGUCUUUGUUUGCCAGUGAGGAGGAGCAGAAGCCGCAGCUGCGGAGGGCUCAUCCCUGCUUCAAGACGGUACCUCUUCUUGGUUCCUAUGGGGACCACGGAAGCCACACUCCGGAUGGAAAACGUGGAUGUGAAGGAGGAAUGGCAGGACGAGGAUCUUCCCAGGCCACUCCCAGAAGAGACGGGGAUGGAAUUGCUUGGCAGCCCAGCAGAAGACACAUCCUCCCCUCCCAAUACGCUGAAUUUUAACGGAGCUCAUCGUAAGAGAAAGACACUGGUGGCCCCAGAGAUUAACAUUUCUCUGGAUCAGAGUGAGGGCUCCUUGCUGUCCGAUGACUUCUUGGAUACCCCUGAUGACCUGGAUAUUAACGUGGAUGACAUCGAGACCCCCGAUGAGACCGACUCACUGGAAUUCCUAGGAAAUGGCAAUGAAUUAGAGUGGGAAGAUGACACCCCUGUGGCCACAGCCAAGAACAUGCCUGGGGACAGCGCGGACUUAUUUGGGGAUGGUGCAGCAGAGGACGGCAGUGCUGCCAAUGGGCGCCUAUGGCGGACGGUGAUCAUUGGGGAACAAGAGCACCGUAUCGACCUGCACAUGAUCCGGCCCUACAUGAAGGUGGUCACCCAUGGAGGGUACUAUGGUGAAGGCCUCAAUGCCAUCAUCGUCUUUGCCGCCUGCUUCCUCCCAGACAGCAGCUCCCCAGACUACCACUACAUCAUGGAGAACCUCUUCCUGUACGUCAUCAGUAGUUUGGAGCUCCUGGUGGCAGAGGACUACAUGAUCGUGUACCUGAACGGUGCCACACCCAGGCGGAGGAUGCCUGGCAUCGGCUGGCUGAAGAAGUGCUACCAGAUGAUUGACCGGAGAUUACGGAAAAACCUGAAGUCCUUGAUCAUUGUCCACCCUUCCUGGUUCAUCCGGACUGUGCUGGCCAUAUCACGCCCCUUCAUCAGCGUCAAGUUCAUCAAUAAGAUCCAAUAUGUGCACAGCUUGGAAGACUUGGAGCAACUUAUCCCCAUGGAGCAUGUCCAGAUCCCAGACUGCGUCUUGCAAUAUGAGGAGGAAAGACUCAAAGCCAGGAGAGAGAGCGCGAGGCCUCAGCCAGAGUUUAUCCUGCCCAAGUCCGAAGAGAGGACAGAGGCAGCAGCAGUGGAGAACACAUCUGCUCCAGCCAUAGAAGACAGGGAAACAAGCAUGUCCUGAAGUGAUACAAGUAUAGAGGACACAAAAGAAGAUUCCAGAUGUCAGGAACCCUUUGUAAGACUCCCUCCGGCCCUGGAUCUCAUCCCUCCUCAUCUUAAGUCUCAGUCUUCUGAGGGUGCCAGUUUCCUCCACUCUUCUCUGAAACUCAAUGUUCUUUUUAGCUGCUUGAAAACUUAAAAAAAAAAAAAAAACUAUGCAGUAUUCAUGCAUUCCAGACGAGGGCCGGGUCUGGGUUCUCUACCCCUCCACACUCACGAGCUCAUAGGCCUGGAAAGUGAGAACUGCAGGGUAUGGACCACGUGGCCCCCAGCGGCCUCUGUUCCUGCUCCAGCCCUGCAGCGCCCUCACACACACCACGUGCUGUCCCAGCUGGCCCCUGGCCAGCACCAGGCACAAAUUUCAAGACCCUCCUCCUGGUUGUCAUCUGUAAACUAUCCUAGGUUGGAGCCACAGACACACCCCCAUCCCCGGCACUCUAGCUGGGUUUGCAUUUGUUCGUGUGCCUUUCCUUCCAGAACACAGCCCUGGGCUAGAAGCUCGGCUCCUUCUUUCCUCCUCGCUGCAGGGCCAUGUCCAGGGCCACUUCCCAGCCUACAACCUUCUGUCUAAAAUUCACACCCAUGGUUUUUCACUGGACCUUCCCCCUUUGCCUCUAAUAACACCUACCUUCUCUGGAAACAUCAGAGGCCCCAGCACAAGUCAGACCUGCUGCUAGUCAUUCUUGUCCUACCAUUGCAGAAUGACACUCCACCAAUUUAGAAUAUUCUCUAGCCCCUUUAACUCAGAUGCCACACACUACAGGGCAAUCCAAACCAGUACCUCCAACCAAGUGAAUGAACUGUGUCCACCUCACCACUCCCCCACCCAAAGAGGCUGGCUCCAAAGUGGAAGGGCCCAGAAGCAGAAAGAUACAGGGUAUUAGACGUUCAAAUGUUUUGAACAUCACCUGGGAAAAUUGCAGUGGGGGACUGGCUGUAGCCACCUGCACUCCAAGCCGGGAGCAGCGGGUCCUCACUCAGAAGGAAGAUUUACUCCUGGAUGAAAGACAGACUUUUCUAACAUGGUCCAAACACCAUCACCUGGUCAGGUGGCAUCUAAAGCAGUGAGCUCUCCAUCUCUGGACGCAUUUAAGAAAAGGCUGACAAUGUUUGCAGAAAAGUGGUAUGGGAGGUCCCCUCUAAUCCUGGGUUGUCUCCAUGUCUAUGAAACUGAGCAAAACUGGACCAGGCACACUCUCCAGGCCCCUUUCCCUGGCUUUUCAGUUGUCUUCUUAGCAAAUGCUUUUGAAGUUCAGUUGACCAGCAUCACAAUUUACUGAGGUUCUUGGCCUCAGUGGAAAUGUUGAGAGCUUCCCCACCAGGAACAGCAAGGAGGUAUGUUUUGGAUUAUCCCAAUGACUGGAAGGAAGCUGGUGGCAUUUAAUGCUGAGGGGCAGGGAUGAGGAACAAUUUGCUGUAUAGGACAGGGACCUGGACAUCCCACUGCAAAAGCCAGCAGUGCCCACCUACAGCAAGCCAGGGUUUUUGAGGGGUCUUGGGCCUGCAAGCCCCACUGUGGAGGUACUGGCUAUGCCAGGGACAUCUCUGAGUCCCAUCAUCCUUCUAGUGAGGCUGGGACAUUUGGAGGUCUGGUGUGUUUUUUUUUAAUUUAUGUUUCCCAAAUGUCAAAUAAAGGACAAAGGCAGGGAUGGUGUCCUAGGGUCAGAGCAGUGGUUAGUGGAUGGAUGGUGAUCUCUUGUCGCUCUCCAGAAGACCUGGCCACCCUGGGGCCCUGCCCAUGGCACCUGCUUUUACAAAAGGUGCUCUGUGAAUCUGUCUGGCUGCCCAAGAUCCAGGCCCUGGUGGUUGGCCAUGCCCACCUGAGGUCGACAUAUGAUCCAGAAGGCCCCAAACUCCUACCCCAAUGAAUGGCAUCUCUGCCUCAGCCAACACAAGAUGACAGAUGCUCAUCCUUUUGUAGUUCAUAAGCGUGAUGAUUGGGUUUUUAUUCACAUGCGUGAGACGUGCCUCCCACAAACCUUGUCAAGACAUCAGCACAUUACCCAUCUGAUGUUAAGAAAAAAAAAUGACAGAUGCCAUCAGACCAAUCUGAUAACAGAGCCUCUGGCAGAUGCCAACCGGGCCUGGCCACCACCAUGAUUUGUCUCCCAUGACCAAAGGGAUAUUGUUCCAGCAUGAAUCUUUCUCCCACAAUAAUGACAAUAACUCCUGAACUUUGAUCUUCCUUGAAGACAAGGGCCUUCUCCAAGCCAAGUAGAAGAGCCAGAGGUGGGAACAGACUCAUUCUACCCAACUGGACAAUUAAUUAUUGUGCCUAUAGUGGUAGCAAUGUGACAAAUAAGACCCUACCCCACCCUCAAAGCACCUGUUCGCUGAAGUCUGGCCCCACAAGAAAGCCCCAUGGGGACCACUUGUGAUGCCAUGGCCGACCCACUGCCCCUUCAGAUCACCAGCGCAGCAACAGACUAUGGCAAGCAGGACCUCAACUCAGCAGACAGACCCUCCAGAGCAGAAGGAGCCCCUCACCCCGAAAGGCUACAAGCCUGUGCCUCUGGGCUGGUGUCCACCUGUCAUCAGUUUGGACAGCUCUGUUCAAAUAGAGCCACCAUCCCCAGGUGGUCCACUUCUGCACCAUCCACAGAUCAGUUAUGACAUAUUUAUAUCUGGGGGGGUAGGGGAAACAGUUUUGGACAAAAUUCAACAGACCCUGAACCCUUGUCCUAAAGAAAUGUUCGAUUUCUCUCUGGUGACACAUGAUACUUCCCCCAAAGAAGUAUCUUAAUUAAAAUUAAAUAUUUAUUAUUUAAAAUCUAGGUCAUAUGGGGCGGCACCUGUGGCUCAGUGAGUAGGGCGCUGGCCCCAUAUGCCGAGGGUGGUGGGUUCAAACCCAGCCCCGGCCAAACUGCAACAAAAAAAUAGCCGGGCGUUGUGGCGGGCGCCUGUAGUCCCAGCUGCUCGGGAGGCUGAGGCAAGAGAAUCGCAUAAGCCCAAGAGCUAGAGGUUGCUGUAAGCCAUGUGACAUCAUGGCACUCUACCCGAGGACAGUACAGUGAGACUCUGUCUCUACAAAAAAAAAAAAAAAAAACUAGGUCACAUCCACAAAUUUUGUUUUCAGGACUCAUGCAUUUAACAUUUAUUGUAUGCUGUAAUUUGAUGAAUAAAUGAUUAAGAGAAGGCCAAAAAAAAAAAAAAACCUCCCCUCAAAGUCAUAGCUCUCACACCCAGCCCUCCUCCCGUGGCGAGUUUUGUGGUUUUUCAAAAGGAGAAACAAUCACUUUGAUUACUAUUGUGAUGUGAAGACAUCAUCUCCAUGAGCUCUGGGGGAUUUUUAUGUGAAAUAAAUAAACUGUCACUGAAAAGGAGGUCUGUGCGUAAGAUCGUUAUUUUUAAAGUUAAUGAAUGUUUUAAAUUCUUCUCAGUUGUCAUGUAUAAUAGGGUAAAUAUUAUUAAUGACUGCAAUCAAUUUAACCAGAAGAUUCCUCUGUUCUUUUUUGUUUGUUUCUUCUUCUUUUUUUUUUUUUUGAGACAGAGCCUCAAGCUGUCACCCUGAGUAGAGUGCUGUAACAUCACAGCUCACAGCAACCUCCAACUCCUGGGCUCAAGCAAGUCUCCUGCCUCAACCUCCCAAGUAGCUGGGACUACAGGUGCCCACAAUGCCCGGCUUUUUUUUGGUUGCAGCCGUUAUUGUUUGGCGGACGUGGGCUGGAUUCGAACCCACCAGCUCAGGUGUAUGUGGCUGGAGCCUUAGCCGCUUGAGCCACAGGCGCUGAGCCUUUUUGUUUGUUUUUUGAGAUGGAGUCUCACUAUGUCGCCCUUGGUAGAGUACUGUGGUGUCACAGCUCACAGCAACCGCAAACUCUUGGGCUUAAGCGAUUCUCUUGCCUCAGCCUCCCACGUAGGUGGGACUACAGGCACGUGCCACAACGCCUGGCUAUUUUUUGUUGCAGUUGUCAUUGUUGUUUAACUGGUCCGGGCUGAGUUUGAACCCACCACCCUCGGUAUAUGUGGCUGGAAAUGUUACCACUCUGCUGCGGGCGCCGAGCCUCCUCUGUUCUUUUUAGAAGUGACAGGAGCUUUUGACACCAAUACAUUUCAUUUGGGGGCUCUCACACACUUCUGGGCGUAGGUCUCAGCUCCAUGGGUCAGCAGCUGUUUGAACUUGGGCAAGCCCAUCAUGGCCGUCACAACCCAAAACAAGUGACUGAGGCAAAGAUCUCAAUCACUGGAGAUUUAUAAAGCUAGAGUUUGAAGAUGUGCCCAGGGAACAACACAAACCACAGAAGCAUCUAUGAUCUUUGCUGUCUGUUUUUUGUUUUUGUUUUUGAGACAGAGUCUCACUACAUCAUCCUCCGUAGAGUGUUACGGUAUCACAGCUCACAGCAACCUCAAACUCUUGGGUGUAAGUGAUUCUCUUGCCUCAGCCUCCCAAGCAGCCGAGACUACAGGCGCCCGCCACAAUGCCCGGCUAUGUUUUUGUUGUAGUUGUCAUUGUUGUUUAGCAGGCCUGGGCCAGGCUCGAACCUGCCAGCCUCGGUGUAUGUAGCUGACACCCUACUCACUGAGCUACAGGCACUGAGCUGAGCUUUGCUCUCUGAAGAGGGAUUUGGAAACUUAGUAUUUAAAGGGAGAGAGUUUACAUUAAGAAAAAGGAGGGGGGGGUGGGUAGAGGGAGGGGGAUCGGUGGGAUCACACCUGUGGUGCAUCUUACAGGGGUAUUUGCGAAACUUGGUAAAUGUAGAAUGUAAAUGUUUUGGCACAGUAACUGAGAUAACGCCGGAAAGGCUAUGUUAACCAUUGUGAUAAAAAUGUGUCAAAUGGUCUAUGAAGCGAGUGUAUGAUGCCCCAUGAUCAUAUCAAUGUAUACAGUUAUGAUUUAAUAAAAAAAUAUAUAUAUAUAAAAAAAAAAGAAAAAAGAAAAAGGAGGGUGGGGUAAGCACUGAGGCGAAUGGUUACAUUCUGUGAGACUUUGGUUAAUGCCCAGGAAAUCUACAUUUCACAUAAGAUAAGGCAAAUGUUAGAAGAGAACAAAGGAGUGAAGGAAGAAUCAAAAAAAAAUUUUUUUUUGAGACAGAGUCUCAGUUGGUCGCCCUCAGUAGAUUGCCGUGGCAUUUUAGCUCACAGCAACCUCAAACUCUUGGGUUUAAGCAAUUCUCUUGCCUCAGCCUCUCAGGACUACAGGCGUCUGCCACAGUGCCCAGCUAUUUUUUAGGGAUGGGGUCUCACUCUUGCUCAGGUUGGUCUCGAACUCUUCAGCUCAGGUAAUCCACCUGCCUCAGCCUCCCAAGUGCUGGGAUUAUAGGAGUGAGCCACCAUGCAUGGUGAAGAAUCAAUUUUUGGAUGUCCCUGGGUAGGUGGAGGGAGAAAUGACUGAUCUUGUCUUCUGUUUUGCACCUGAGAAAAUAAACUUGUAACCAAAGUCAUUAGUGUGGAAUCCAACAGACUUCAGUUUUCUGAGCUAGACUUAGCCAGCAGAUCUAAAGUUACAAUUUGCAUGUCAUUAUGUGUGAGAGGUCAGGGAAGAAUUUCUUUAUGAAUGAUCUGUGGGGGCAUCCCUUGUGGAUGCCUGAGGCCUUUUACCUUUCUAUGCAUGGAGGCUAAUGCAUAAUGUUCAUAAUGUUCAUAACAGAUAUUUAUUUGGAAUGGGGGCUGCAUGACUUAGCCUCCAGGUUUGAUCUUCCCUUUUGCAUGAGGAGUCAGGGCGUGGUCCUGAGAUUUUCGUUUUCCAUGGUAGGCUGCGUCCCCCAGCCUUUGAUGGGUACAGUGAUUAAAAGCAGUCCUUGACCAAACUGUAGCAAGAGUCUUCUUUACCUGAGUAAUCCCCGUCCUUGCAUGCCCUCCAAGAGCCCAGUCGCAGCAAGAAUUCUGCCUGUUGGGCAGUGCCUGUGGCUCAAUGGGUAGGGCGCCGGCCCCCUAACCACUGAGCAAUGGCGCCAAGCCGACUAUUUUUAGAAAUGAGGUCUCUCUCACUCAGGCGGGUCUCAAACUCCUGAGCUAAGACAAUCCACCUUCCUCGGCCUCCCAGAGUAUUAGGAUUACAGAUGUGAGCCUCUGCGCCCUGCCUGGUCGGGGGUUUUUUUUGUUUGUUUUGUUUUGUUUUUUUGAGACAGAGUCGCACUUUGUCCCAAUUGCUACAAGGGGGCCAUGGCGCGGUGUCACAACUCACAACAACCUCAAACUCUUGAGCUCAAGUGAUUCUUUUGCCUCAGCCUCUCAAGUAGCUGGGACUAUAGGCACCUGCCACAACACCCAGCUGUUUUUAGAGAUGAGGUAUUGCUCUAGCUCAGGCUGGUCUUGAACUUGUGAGUUUAGGCAAUCCACCUACCUUGGCCUCCCAGAAUGCUAGGAUUAUAGGUGUAAGCCACAGUGCCCAACCUCUGGUUGGUUUUUUUUUUUGAGACAGAGUCUCACCGUGUUGCCCUGGGUAGAGUGCCAUGGCAUCAUCACAGAUCACAGCAACCUCAAACUCUUGGGCUCAAGCAAUCCUCUUGAGUUUCCGGAGUCGCUGGGACUACAGGCUCCCGCCACAAUGCCUAGCUAAUUUUUCUGUUUUUUAGCAGAGAGGAGGUCUUACUCUUGCUCUGGCUGGUUUGGAACUUCUGAGCUACAGAUGCGAGCCACCACGCCCAGACUCUGCAGGUGUUUUUAACCUUUGUCUUGCAUGUUAUGCCCUAUUAGUGAUCUAGUAUCUUAAUGUUACAAGAAUAACUCCAAAAGAGAGGGGGCAUAACUCAGUGUGUCUGACCACCCUUCUCAUGACUGGGCAACUCAGUUUUAAGGUUUCUUUCUGGGGUACCAUUGGCUCUGAGGAAGUCUAUUCAGCCAGCUGGUGGGGGGCUUAAUAUUUUAUUUUAGUUCACAGCACCCUGAGCAAAGUCUACCUUACCAUUUUGAUAAGCAUCAGAAUAAUUUUUUCCCUUUGCCGACAGAAACAGGGAAUCAAUAGGACGGCUCCUGUGGCUCAAUGGGCAGGAUGCCAGCCCCAUAUACGGAGGGUGGUGGGUUCAAACCCAGCCCCAGCAAAACUGCAAACAAACAAAAAAAAAAAAAUAGCCAGGUGUUGUGUCAGGUGCCUGUAGUCCCAGGUACUAGGGAGGCUAAGAUAAGAGAAUCACCUAAGCCCAGGAGCUGGAGGUUGCUGUGAGCUGUGACGCCACAGCACUCUACCAAGGAUGACAAAGUGAGAC